AUGGAUGAAGAAUCUGCUUCUAAUAGUUCCAUUUUCAGAAACUAUGAAGGUGAAGAGAUGAUGGGAAAAGUAAUUCUAUUCGCAAUCGUAUCACUUUUCACAGCGAUAUUAUUCCUUCUCUUGCUUCAUCUCUACGCAAGACUCUUUUGGUGGCGUGUGGAACAACAUUUUAACCUAAAUCUAUUCCAAUCCGAUGAUCCUGGAUCCACAGUCAUCGGUCGUAAUCAUCAACGACGUCGUUUCAUAUUCGCUCAAGCUCAAGAAGAUCCACCUCGUAACAACGGUCUUGAUUCUUCAAUCCUUCAAUCGAUUCCAAUCCUUGUUUUCAAGUCUUGUGACUUCAAAGACGGGCUAGAAUGCGCGGUUUGUCUCUCUGAUCUUGUUGAUGGAGACAAAGCUAGAGUUUUGCCAAGGUGUAACCAUGGGUUUCAUGUUGAUUGUAUUGAUAUGUGGUUUCAAUCUCAUUCCACUUGUCCUCUAUGUAGAAACACUGUUGGUUCCGUGGAAGAGACGUUACAUGGAGGAGGAAGUGAGGGUUUAUCUCAAAAUCGAAACUUUGACUCUGGACUUUCGAGUAAUCGACAUAAUCCAUCUCAAGAUCAGAGUUCUGUUCUCGAGGCUUCGACAGAACCUAUGAAUUUUCCGACAAAUGUAUUGGUUUGGGGAGAUCACAAUCAAGUUAGAAGUGCAGGGCACGUUGUUACUGAAGAUCCUUCUAUUGAUCAUCAACAAGAAGUAAAUGCGGUUGUGGUGGACAUUCCGGCGAAUCCAAGUGAGAAUUUAUCCGAGAGAAUCCAAGAAGAAGAAGAACCUAAGUCACUGAUGUUCGCAAGGUUAAGAUCGCUUAAGAAGUUUUUGAGUAGAGAGAGGAAAGGUGAAGUUUGUAUUAGUGGUUCAAGCGGUACCAACAACAACAAUGUUUGA